UUCCGGCAGAGUCCGGAAGACAGUGCGAGAUGGGAGGGGGCGGAGCCAGUGCGGCGCGCCCAAUCGAGACGAAGUCUUGGCUGGCCCGGGCUCUCGUGGGCUCACUCGCUCUAGGGAACCGGCACCAUGGCGUCGGGCUGCAAGAUCGGCCCGUCCAUCCUCAACAGCGACCUGGCCAACCUGGGGGCCGAGUGCCUGCGCAUGCUGGACUCGGGGGCCGACUACCUGCACCUGGAUGUAAUGGACGGACAUUUUGUUCCCAACAUCACUUUUGGUCACCCUGUGGUUGAAAGCCUCCGAAAGCAGCUGGGCCAGGACCCUUUCUUUGGCUCACUUCUCAGUACUUUUUAUCUUUUAUCAUCAGUCUGUCCUGAUGCAAUGCCACCCUCAUAUCCAACCCACUUUUUCUUCCUGGAUUUAGAUAUGCACAUGAUGGUUUCUAGGCCAGAACAGUGGGUAAAACCAAUGGCUGUGGCAGGUGCCAAUCAAUACACCUUUCAUCUUGAGGCAACUGAGAACCCAGGGGCUUUGAUUAAAGACAUCCGGGAGAAUGGGAUGAAGCAUUGUUUGUUACAGGUUGGCCUUGCCAUCAAACCAGGAACUACAGUCGAAUAUUUGGCCCCAUGGGCUAAUCAAAUAGAUAUGGCCUUGGUAAUGACCGUAGAACCUGGGUUUGGAGGGCAGAAAUUCAUGGAAGAUAUGAUGCCCAAGGUUCACUGGUUGAGGACCCAGUUCCCAACUUUGGAUAUAGAGGUCGAUGGUGGAGUAGGUCCUGACACUGUUCAGAAGUGUGCGGAGGCAGGAGCUAACAUGAUUGUGUCUGGCAGUGCCAUUAUGAGAAGUGAUGACCCCAGAGCUGUUAUCAACUUACUAAGAAACGUUUGCUCAGAAGCGGCUCAGAAACGUUCCCUUGACCGAUGAAGCCACAAGGAACCCAGUUUCUGCCCAUGAACCCUGUUUUUUACUGGAAACGAGGAAUAUUGACUACCAAUCACAUUGCAAUUGAAGCAAUGCUGCAUUCCAGGGAUUCAAGUCAAUUGUGCAGGAUGGUCAAGAGGUUAGAAAUAACUACCUUUUUAGAGAUGCCAUUUAGAAAUUAACGUGGUGAAAAGUAUUCACAUUUAUACUGGGAGAAUGAUUUUUGUAAAGAGUGAAAAUUUGAUUUGUUAAGAUUACAGAUAGAAAUGUGUCUUAAUGCCUAAAGAGGAAAAUUAGCUACUAUGAAAAACAUUUUUCUGUAUUUUUACAAAGAAUGUUCUGUUGAUUCCCUGGUUUAUCCCUAAAGCAAAUGACAUCCAUAUUUUCUCUAGUUCAUGUCAUUUGUGAUUUGUUUAUAUGCCUGAGAAUAUGAAUGGAAUGAGAUGAAAAUUAGAAGGUUUGGUGGGGUAGCAUGUCAUGGUCUGGUAUUUGAAUUAUUUUUUCUUUUUAUCUUAUACUUGGUUUAUUAAAAACUAUAAAAAUAAUGUAUGAAGCCUAGGGUUUCUGAAAUGCAAGCGCAGACUUAUCAAGGUGUCACCUUUGUCACAGCAGGCUACUCUGUAAUUCCUUCCUGCUGCCUCACUCAUCCACCAUUCCUAGGGGUAUGAAAUAGAACCAUACAGUUUCUCUUGGAAGUGCCACUGGGUUGAAUACCAAUAGAACAGAAUAUCCUAUUCUAGCUCUUUAAUGAAAUCACCCAUCUUGUUUUCACUAUAAACUCUUAUAUAUAUUGAAUGGAAUCAUAACUAUUGUGCAUUUGAGAAUUAAAAGGGUAACAUGGUUUUGGAAGGCCUAUACCUAGACUAUAGAGGAUGCUCAACAUAAAAUGGCAAGCAUCAUGUCUGUUUUGAGUGAUUAAGCACUUUUGUAUAAUCAAAUUAACUGCUAAAUUGUCCUAUAAUUGUUGGAACAGGUAUUCUUUUCCUAUUAGAAAAGUAAGGCUCCACAGUAGCCUGAUACAUAGAAAACCUGGUAUAGCAGAAGCAGUUUCUGGUGGGCACUGCUGCUCUGACUACAAACAGAGCUCCUGAGAUGUUAGAGAAAAGGAAGUUUACUUUUCUUAUUUUCAGUGUAACUGUAUCCUCUAGCAGAAUCAGAGUAAGUCAAGAAUACUUGGGAAGUACAGAUUUUGACCCCAAGGAUGGAUGGAUAUAUAAAACAUUUCUAACAAAGAAGAAGGGAGCUAAGAGAUGACAGAUAUUAAUACUUGUUUCUAUUUUAGCUUACCAAAGGUUUGUUCAUUUAAUCAAAUCACACAAUACAAGGCAUAUAGAAAUAACUUUAAUUAAAAAAACUAUGUAGAAGGUUAUAAUAUCAGUCAUGACAAAGAUUUGAAUUUAUUUGCUGGGACAACUUGUAUUUUUCUGGCUUUUGUUCUUUUUCUUUAAAAAUAAAUGUACAGUAAAACUAUAA